AUGAUUUAGCCGCUCUUUGUGACAGUUCUGGUAAACCCUACUUCUAUUGAACUUUUAGAUAAGGAGGAAUAAAAGUUGCUUCAUGAUAACCUCGUCUUUGAUGCUCAUUUUGACGAAAGGAAACCAUUGAACACGUAAUUUCUGGGAUAUAAAAUGAUAAAAGCGCAAUAAAAUGAAGCUUUUAAUCCUGAUUUCUUCCUUCACUAUAAUACAAUAUUCAAUACAAAUAGCAUUGCCAUUGAUGAACAGAUCGAUUGGCUAUCCAAAGAGCUAUCCCUAGUGAAAUAACAAUCAAAAAAGUAUACUUCCCAAUUAAAGAAUAAUAUGCAAGCCUCUUAAUUAGAGGAGGGCUAAAAGGAUUUAUACGUCAAGGCUAGGAUUGACGGUGUCAGACAAACCUAGAUAGAAAGCUUGAUUUCAUUAGAAACUAAAUAGAUUGCUGAGUCAAUACAGCGAAUUAAGGCCACAAGAAAUCUCGGCUUUUAAUAGGUUUAAUAACCUUAUCUAUUCAGAAAACAAAGGUUUGAAAAGUUAAAGAUCCCUCAAAAUAUUAUAGGACGUGCAUACCUAUUAGAGUUUGACCCCUCGUUUAAAAUGGACGAUCAAUGGGUCACGGAUGUGUAGCUGCACUACCUAAAUAUACUGAGAGAUGAGAUGACUCUCUCUAUCAGACAGUUCACUCAGAAUAAAAUAAAAAAGCUAAUAAGAAUUCAAGAGUAAGAUGUGAAGAGAAGAUAAAUAAGAUAAUAAAUAUUUGAAGAGGAGCAAAUGGGAUUUUGUCAUCAUUGUAAGUAGUCUAAGACUACUUAUAUCAUGGCUAAGUGUAAUUAUAAGAGUUAAGUUCAUGGACUGCUUUUACCCUAUCACCAAGAGAUAAAUUGCAUAUCCGUUCCAAACGUUGAGCCUCACAACACAGAACUUGUGAAUCAUUUUAUUCUGAAUAAAACUAUAUUGGAUAAGAAAAAGAAGAAGCAGUACUAAGACUAGGUUGAAAAUGUAUGUGAUAAAUAAUUCUGCUCAUUCUGCCUAAAAAACUAUUAUGAGAUAUUUUUACCUGAUGCCCAGAGUGAUAAGGACUGGGUUUGUCCUUAUUGCAAGGGCCACUGCUUUUGCUCAAGAUGUAUCAGGCAAGAACAACUUACUAGGGUAAGAGGUCUCUUGAUAUCAAAUAGCAUUAAAGACAUUCAGAAAUAUCAGAGACAACCCUCCAAAGUAUUAGAACAGUUAGUCAAAUAAAACAAUUUCAUAGAUAAUAGAAUCAAGCAUAACUUUGAAAGGAUUGUAAGAACCUGCAAAAUUUCCCCAUUAGCUGUGAAAGGAACCGCAGAAGACAUAAAAAUUCUCAAUCAGCCGCUGUUUUUAGAACAACUGACGCACGAGGAUCCUAUAAAUUAUAUAUUUCACAAUUAACCAAUUAAAACUAUUAACGUGCCUAAAACAAGGAGUUAAUAGGAUUUGAGACUGGAAACCAAAGUUAAAAAGAUGUAUGACUAGAUGACUCAGGAAGAGAGAGAAAAAACAGAUCAAGCGCUUCAAAAGUCUUAGAAAUUUAUAGAUUAAAUUCUUCAAACUCAAAAAGCCAAGAAAAGAGACGUUAAACUAAUAAAGAAGGUCUCUUCACAUGGAAGUGUAAAUAAGAGAGUCUUAAAUGACAUAACGCUCUAGAAAUUGAACCUAUCACCUAAACUCAAUCCCCCAAGUCUAAUGUCAUCAGCCCAUAGUAAUUCUACAGCAGAUUCAGUAGAAUUAGCUAAAAAAUCUAGUGAAUUAGAUCAACAGAUUCCUUAAAGAAAACCCAGAUCUUAUGCCAACAAACCCAAGAAUAAAUCAAAAUAAAUAAAAAAAGAAAAGAAGCUGGACAUAAAUAAAAAACAUACCUAGAAAAAAUAGAAAUGUCUCAAGGGAAAGGCUAAAGGAUAGAACAAAAGAGUAAGGACUUGA